AUGGACAAAAGCUGGAUGAACUUGACUGAUCGACUUCGUUCGCCUGCAUACGCCGAUGGGGUUAACGCUUUCCUCACCCUGGCACGAAACCAUUCUCAGGGCAGUGAUCGCAUUCGGUGUCCAUGUCGUUCAUGCUGUAAUAAUCUCUUCUUGCCUAUACGAAUUGUGGAGACUCACUUGUUUCUCAUAGGGAUCAAUCCAAAUUAUACCCAUUGGAUAUUUCAUGGGGAGGAGGAAACUCGGAGAUUCAAUGAUGACGAUGACGAUAGUAACACUGCUGAUUACGCCGACGAGUACAUUGAUGACAUGAACCAUAUGUUAGAUGACAUACGGGCAAGCACAUCCUUUGAUGUUCCCCAAGAUCAUGGUAAUCCAUUGGCAACUAGUGGUGAAAUUCCAGAUCCCUCCCCAAGUUCAUCUUUCGACCAGCUACUAGAGGAUGCCCGACGUCCACUUUUUGCUGGUUGUACAAAAUUCUCAAAACUAUCAUUCAUUGUGAAGUUGUUACACAUUAAGACACUCGAUGGAUGGUCAAUAAAGUCGUUUGAUAUGCUACUUAGCCUUUUGUGGUCUGCCUUUCCUGACGCUGAAUUGCCACAUUCAUAUGAGGAGUCAAGGUCAUUGGAGCGUGGUUUGGGUUUCAAUUACCACAAAAUUCAUGCAUGCCCCAAUGACUGCAUCCUGUUCUGGAAGGAAAAUGCUAAUCUUGAUGAAUGUCCUAAGUGUAAGGCUUCAAGGUGGGUGCCUAAUACACACAAGGCACAUCGUAUCCCUCAAAAAGUGUUGCGGCAUUUUCCUUUGAAGCCAAGAUUGCAACGUCUCUUCGUGUCUGCAAAGAUAGCAGAAAAUAUGAGAUGGCAUAAAGAGCAACGACCGACUGGAGAGGCUAUCCUGAGGCAUCCUGCAGACUCAGAGUCCUGGAAGAGAUUUGAUGAAAAACAUAGUUGGUUUGCUCAAGAUGCUCGCAACGUAAGGCUUGGGAUGUCAAGUGACGGUUUCAAUCCCUUCAACAAUAUGGCUAAACCGUAUAGCAUUUGGCCAGUAAUUCUUGUUCCGUAUAGCAUUUGGCUAUAG